AUGGGCGGCGAGCCAGGUAACCAGGACCCGUCGCCGGCGAGCGCGCGGCCGCACGUGCUGCUCCUGUGCAGCCCGUGCAUGGGGCACCUCAUCCCUUUCGCCGAGCUGGCGCGCCGGCUCGUCGCCGACCACGCCCUCGCCGCCACGCUCCUCUUCGCCGCGGCCACGGACGCCCCCUCGGAGCAGUACGCCGCCCUGGCCGCGUCCGUGCCCGACGGCGUCGACCUCGUCGCGCUGCCCGCGCCACCGGAGGACGCCCUGCCGCCCUCGGCCACCGUGCGCGGACGCGUCGUGCACGCCGCCCUCUCCGCUGUCCCGCAAGUCCGGGACAUCGCCCGGUCGCUGGCCUCGACCGCACCGCUCGCCGCGCUCGUGGUGGACAUGGCCAGCGUGCCGGCGCGCGACGUCGCGGCGGAGCUGGGCGUGCCGUGCUACAUGUUCUUCACCUCGCCGUGGAUGCUCCUGUCCCUGUUCCUGCACCUCCCGGAGCUCGACGCGGGGCUCGUCGGGGAGUACCGGGACGCGACGGGGCCCAUCCGGCUGCCGGGCUGCGUGCCGAUCCACGCGCCCGAGCUUCCCGGGUCCAUGCUCGCCGACCGGAGCAGCGACACGUACGCCGGGUUCCUGUCCUUGGCCAAGGACGCCGCGAGAGUCGACGGGAUUCUCGUGAACACGUUCCCUGAGGUGGAGCCCGCGGUGGGGCAAGGCGGCACGGACGGCGUGAAGGACAUGCCGGUGCACGCGGUCGGGCCGUUGGUCUGGACAAGGCCAGUCGCGACCGGCGUGAACCGGGAGCCGGAGCACGCACGCCUCAUCACAUGGCUGGACCAGCAGCCCCGUGGAUCCGUGGUGUUCCUGUCGUUCGGGAGCGGUGGCACGCUCACGCGCCGGCAGACAACCGAGCUAGCGCUCGCGCUGGAGGCGACCGGGCGUCCGUUCAUCUGGGCGGCAAAGCGGCCACACGAGGACACGGCGGACGGCGCCUUCUUCGGAACUGGCCGAGGAGGAGACGACGACGACGACCCGCUCGGCUUCCUGCCGGAGGGAUUCGUCGAGAGGACGGCGGGGGUGGGGCUCGUCCUCCUGUCGUGGGCCCCGCAGACGGCGAUCCUCGCGCACGCCGCCGUCGGGUGCUUCGUCACGCACUGCGGGUGGAACUCGAGCCUGGAGAGCAUCCUUAAUGGAGUGCCGAUGGUGGCAUGGCCGCUCUACGCCGAGCAGAAGAUGAACGCUGCCAUGUUGGAGGCCCACUCAGGGGUGGCGGCCCGCUUGAACGCCGCCGGACCGGGCAACGGCGACGGCUUUGUCUGCAAGGAAGAGAUCGUGAGCGUGAUCCGACGUGUGAUGGAUGGAGACGAAGCAACGACGAUGAGGAUGCGUGCUGGUGAGCUCAGAGACAGAGCCACACAUGCGCUAGCCAUGGAUGGUUCUUCAACUCUUGCACUAGCCAAGGUCACAGCUUUGUGGAAAUCUUCUACUUCUAGUGACGAAAAAUAA